CAUGGCGGCUUCUUACCUGCAAUGAAAGCGUCAAGCGAAGGUUGAGCAAAGUUUUACCAGAACUUCAACGAUAUUUGCGGCUCAAUUGCUGCAAAAAUGAGUGACUGGGAGGAAGCAAGCGAAGAUUACACGAGCCCUUCUGAAAAUUCUUACAUACCACCCCAAGGGAGAGGAUGGUAUGGAAAGCCCUGCAGCAACGAUGGAAAUUUCAGUGAAAGACGACCUGGAUUCGGCCGUGGACGAGCAAAUCGCUUCGGAAAUGCAACAGAUAACAGAAAUGAUACAUAUAACACAGCGCAGAAGAAUGGAUUCCAAGUUGAUUCAAGUUCUCGAGGUUAUGGACGGGGAGGAGGAGGGUUUGGACGCGUAAACAGAGAUGACUCGAACUAUUCACGUGGCGCGGGUGAGAAUCGAAGUGACAACUUUGGCAGAGGUGGUGGUGAAAACGGUUUUAGCGGGAGCUGGAGAGACAGAGGAAACAGAGAAAGUUCAGGCGGCUUUGGACGCUCACGUGGAGGUCAAGGACGCGAAAGAAACUCUACUGAGAUGAUGGUUCCCUCAGACGAAAUUCGCUUCAUAAUUGGUUGGUUACUGUUGUUGAUACACAUUGUGAAUCUAUUAACAUUCUUCAGCUUUUAUAGUACUCCUUGUUGUGACCUUUUCAAACGCAUUUUAAAUGUGCGUUUCGGAUUUUAACUCUCCCCUUGUUUUCCUGUCCACUUUGUAACUACUCAGAUAUCCCAGAGUUGUUGUCCCAGUUUGUUGUUUUCUAAAGGUAGCUCGAACAGUGGCACAACAUUGUAUGGAGGGGAUGAGGGAGGAAAAGCUAUAUUUUCCCCUUGUGAAGUCAGGAAAAUGCCAAAAAGCCCCUUUAGGGCAAAUUGUCUCAACUCAUUUUGUCGCCAAUUGUAGCUUUUGAUGAAAAUACUGGGAACCCUGGAUUUCACAGGUUCAGAGCACUGGGCUCCCCUCAAUUUUCCUGAGAGCACAGCCAUAUGUAUACUGAGUAUUUAAAGCUUUUUCAGUGAUACAGCUUGGAAAGUAGGGGGUAUUCAGCAGCCACUUCUGAACAUGUUGCCAACUAGGAGUUACCUCAGAGUAACAGGGGAACCCGGAGAUAAAAAGUACCAAGACACUAAAAUAAUUUUUUUAUUUUGUUUUUAACCAUAUUGCACCAUCAGGGUGGUAAUCAUUAAUACAGGGGAUAAAUUACGUAGGGGUGUAUUAUAGUGGGGUAUUGACUGAAUCAUGAAAUAACCCAGUCACCCCAGCAAGUAGCAAGAGUGGCUUUUUAACCCAGUGUUGCCAAACUGGUGUGUUGAUGAAUGUAAUAUAGCAGCUCUUUUUGUAGAGCUUGGUUGAUUUGGAUCUGAUUCCUGUGUAAGUCAAGUCAAACACAAAUUGUUAAAAAAGGACACCAUCUGCCUCAGAGAAGUUGUUUGCCUGUAUGGUUACAGACUCAGAAUGUUAGUUAGCCUUCAUUAGUCAUUUGCUCAUGCUCAUCUUUGCGAGAUGUCUGCCUUGUAAGGUUGAUACAUCAUACCCUUGAAAUAUAUGAGCAUACAACUAAAAAAAACCAUUGACUACUGUGGAAGUGACUAAGUGUGUACACCAUGAAAGUAUAUUUUUUCCCAUUGCUUACCGUAAUUUGUAAUCAUUUGCAAAAUUUAAUUUUUUUUUUGGAUAUUAAUUUUAUUCCCGUAUUUCCAUAUUUUGGUUUUAGGUAAAGGGGGCCAAAAAAUAAGGGAAAUGCAGGAACAAAGUGGAGCCUACAUCAAGGUGUGUAAGGAAACAUUAAUAUGAGCAAUUUCAAAGUAAUUUUUAUUAUCUGAGAGUUUUGAAUUAGUUGGCUGAUUUUGCAUCUUUUAGUCUGGAAAUAAUCAGAGCAACAGCCCUGCAUAAAGGUGAAGUAGGCCGUGAUUUUCAGAAGCUGUUGACUAUUUUUGACAAACCUGUAACAAUGAAGAAUAUAGUAUCCAGGCAAGUCAGCCUGGAAAGCUAUUCAAGGUCAAGGGAAAUGAAAUUUAGUUUGAGUUAGUUGGCAAUUUGAGUUAUCCGAGUUUGAGUUAACUGAGUAAGAAUGACUGAAAAGUGAGGUGAAAUCCAAGGGAAUUGGGCUUAGUUCAAGUUAGCAGGGAGUUGGAGUUAUUAGGGUUCUUCUGUCGUGUCAAUGGUCUUUAGAUAAUCAUUUGCAUGAAAUGUUAUUUAAACCUCUUAUGUAAUAUUGUGCAAUGCAUUUUUCUUUUUCUUGCUACCAAUAUUUUUAAAUGUCUAGUGACCAUUUUAUAAUUUUAGGUCUCCAAAAGGCGACUUUGAAAAGAGUAGAGCAUGGGCACUAAGCUGCCAUUUGUACAUGUAUCUAUUGGUCUCAAAUGGAAUUCACAUGAGAAUGUUUACAGCCUUCCGAAUCUCAUGAAUCUUUAUUGUAAACUAUCAACAAUAUUAUUAUACAUGUAGACACAUGAUGUACAUCAUUGGAGUUAUUUCAUGUUUUGUUUUAUCAGGUAAAGAAAGACGGUGCCACAUACUCUGAAACACCAGUUGAAAUUUCUGGGAAUGAUGAUGCAAUUAAAAAGGCCAAAGAACUGAUUGAACAAAUCAUCAGCCCUCAGUCUUCCGUAAUCAACAGUAUGGGAGGUACUUGUUAUAAAUUCCUCAAACCUCGUUGUUGUUACAUAAAGUUAACACUAGGUGAAUCACUUCUCUGUAUGGAGCAGCGUGCAAAGAAAGUAGUGUCUGAUAGCCCCGGGGCUAGUGGAUUUGAUAUUGAUAUUGUUACACAAACCAUCACAGUUCCUCACAGUUGUAUGGGGCAGCUCUGCUACAUGUUUCUUUUAUCUGGCCUGGUAUUUUGCCUGGGUCGAAGCUUCAGCCCACGAUGAUCCCAUCUUAUCCAGGUCUUCCACAAUGGUUUUCUACCAUGUUGUUCUUGGCCUGCCUUUUUUUCAUCUUCCUUGUGGUACCCAGACCAUAACCUAGGCAAAUGGAGGAAUUCUCUUUGUGGUCAGUCAGGAUAGAUGACUAAACUAUAGCAGCCAUUUCUUCAGUCCUCAGAAGACAAGUCAGUUUAAAUUGCUGUUUAGUUCAGCUUCAAAUCCUUUGGUUGAAAAUUGUGUCAGUCUGAUAUUAUAUCUAGUUAGUAUUUCAGCAUAUCUAGCUAGUUCUGAAUUUUGGAACAGUUGAACUUCUUAUUCUUGGAUAUUUGAAAUGUACAUGUAUGAAGGUUUGUGUUAUGUUCAAAUCACUGAUUUUUAUUUCAAAUGUCAUGAUUUGAUUUUCAAUUGGUUUUUUAGGUCUGUCCAUGGAAAAUGGUGAUUCAAAGGGAAGGUUGGUAUUUAUGCAUAUUUUUUUUUUACAUUAUUACAUUGUAAAGGUCCAUACUUAGUCACCUUAUGCUGUAGUUCAUAUUCAUUCUAGUUCAAAUUUGUCACUUGCACUUUUUAAGUAUUGUUUAUUAUAUGUUGUUGUUGUUGUUUUCUAUUUUAAGCUCCCAGUCUUCGACUCCCUUUAAACCCAUUCCUUGGGCUCGACUGAAAGAGGAAAGAGCUGAAAGAGAGGCUGCUAGAUGGGCAGGUAGAGCUAAAUGUGCUGUUUUCAUGAACUUGUUCAUCCUCAUCAGCUGCCUUGAUUUAUAACGGCCAGUUGUUAAAGUGGAAUUCAUAAUGUCCCGCAAAAAAACAGAAAAUUUUAUAUGUGAGAAACUGAGUCCACUACACAUGUUACAGGUCAAAAUUAUAUUCAGGUUAAAAUUUUUUAACCUAGGUUGAUUCUCUAUUUUGUUUGUCUCCCAGCCCUAGUUAUUCGUGAAUUAGGGCCAGGAAAGAAAGGAAAUUGAGAAUCAACCUUGGUUUAUUUUUAACCUGAAUAUAAUUUUGACCUGUAGCUGUAACUUGUUCAUCCUCAUCAGCUGCCUUGAUUUAUAACGGCCAGUUGUUGAAGUGGAAUUCAUAAUGUCCCGCAAAAACAGAAAAUUUUAUAUGUAAGAAACUGAGUCCACUACACAUGUUACAGGUCAAAAUUAUAUUCAGGUUAAAAUUUUUUAACCUAGGUUGAUUCUCUAUUUCGUUUGUCUCCCAGCCCUAGUUAUUCGUGAAUUAGGGCCAGGAAAGAAAGGAAAUUGAGAAUCAACCUUGGUUUAUUUUAACCUGAAUAUAAUUUUGAUCUGUAACUCUUGUACUUUUAUUAAUUCUCUCAUUAUCAAAGCUCACAACUUACAUUGGCAAAGAAAAAAAGCCUGUUCAUGGUAUAUCUUAUGUUUGAUCGUAAUGUCCAGGAUUCCAUUUCCAAGCCCUAGGAUUUCAAACUGCUUGGAAAUCACUGCAUAGAAUUAAAUCAGUAUUAUUUUUUGAUAAUGCAUUGUAAUUUAAGUCUAAGUUUGACUGUGGCUGUUCACACACCUUCUCUGUUUACAACAUCCAGAUCUUCCACCUAUCAAGAAAAUCUUCUAUAAUGAGCAUCCAUCUGUGGCAAACAUGGAGGAAGAGGAAGUAGAAAAAUUCAGGUAUGUUCAAGAAUAAAAUAAUAUUGUGCUUUCAUGGAUUUGAUUUGUGUACAUUUUAUGAACUUUAAAAAGUCAAACCUGGGUGAUGAAAGAUUUACCAAAGCAUUGUUUCCUCUUAAAAGUGUUUGCAUACCAUUCAUGUACCAAUGAAUUACCGUAAAAACUCGUGUAUAAGCCGCACCUUUUUGCCGAAAUUUUGAGUCAAAAAUCGCGGGUGCGGCUUAUACACGAGACCAUUGCUCUCAAAGGGAGUAAACUGGCUUGUAGGGGUCACAAAUUGAACUGAAAACCUUCAGUAAAUAAAGAUUAAACAUAUUGAAACCUGUCGUUGAUCAUUGCUUUCAGCAGAAGUGGUGGCUCCUAAAGGAGCCGUUUGUUUGCAUCUGCAGGUUCUAUACCUGAAUCUUGCUCGCCAGUAGUUCUUUUAAGCGUUUCAUCUGCGCUUUGUUUGAGCAGUUAAACUCUAACUGGCAGGGAAUAUCCAUUCCUCCGCACAGCUGCUUACAGUGUCGUCUGCGACCGAUCACUUCAACGCUGAUUUCCCCACUACGUGCAAGAAAAUACCACGCUAUUCGAGAGAAUUCGCGAGGCAAAUGGCCGACCGUUUCGUCGUCCUUCACUACUUUCACGGCGUGUUUGUCCAUUGGGUUGUUAAACUCUCGUUUAGCAACAAGCUUUUCCCCGAUCGAUGGUUUCCAUACGUCUUUAUAAACAUCUGGUGUCCAGACUUCCCUCGUCAAAUAAACGCGUGGUUACUAAGCAAUCGUUUUGUAGCAUUCUCCAGCGCUUUAUUUUCAUUCCAUCGUUCCAUUUUCAUUUCAACUGUGGGCUUUAGCAAUGAAUAGAACUGUUGUCUUUCGCAGGAAAUGGGGAAUUUGAGUAAAGAGAACCUUUUAAAAGAUAUUUUCAGAGUUGACUAACUUAUUUAAAAUGUCACUGCAAAUACACAACAUUAAAUUUCCUCAAGUUUAUUUGUGAACAUUUUGAUGCGCGAACAAACGAUCACCUUUUUUACAAAAGCGCAUUUUUGGUUUUUUUUUUUUUUCAAAAUCAUGCUUGAAAGUUGGGGGUGCGGCUUAUACACGAGUGCGGCUUAUACACGAGUUUUUACGGUAGGUAAAAUAGAAGGGAAGAUUUUGUAUAAAACAUUUUUACUCAUGUGACAAGCAGCUACAUGUACAAGUAUGGAAGUAUAUUGCAACAAGAGAAGUCCUAGCUUGCAUUUAAAAAUAAGCGGGUCAAAUGUGUGGCUAAUCAUGUUAGCUACAGUCGUUCUAUUUUACAACACAAUAAAGGCUAAAAGAAAUAUGCAUCGUUAAACAACAGCAAUUAAAGGAUAAUGACUGCCACAGAAAUUACACGAACGGGAUAUUUCUGCAAAAACACAUUAAUCGAUUGAUCGAUCAAUCUAUUGAUCUUUGUAUCCUAUGGGACGCAUGCCAUGAAUUAUUUUGCAUCUUUGGGGAUUUUUAUGUGUCAGGGAUGCAGGACGCAGAGGUAGCAAAAUCACUGGUGGCCUUUGAGCAAAGUCUGAAGACAUUAGUUUGCUUUUGCUCUUUUUGUCUUGGUGUUCCUUUUGAAAUCAGUGGCCAAUCAAGUUAUCAAUUUAACAAGUUUCCAAGCAAAAGUGGCUUCCAUAACGUUAUACAAUAUAGACCGUUUUUAAUGAAGAAACAAUGUUACCAGCAGGUAUAUUAUUUUUAUCCCAGACGAAAGUCCACCAUGAUCUAUGGAUCUAGAGGUCCAGGUUUUCUAGCCAUGCCGUUUGCGUUGUUUCUAUAGACAAGGAACUUUACUCCACUUUGUCUCACUUUACCCAGGUGUACAUGUAUAAAUUGGUAUGGGCAACAUACUGCUGGGGGUAAUCCUGCGAGACUAACAUCCCAUCCAGGGGGGGAGUAGCAAUACUCCUAGGCAUUCUUCAUGCUAAGGAAACCAGGAUAAGCUCUGGCUGUUUGGGCCUUUGGCUUGUAUAGGCCAUUACCUUUACCUUUUUUGUGACAGUCCACCAUGAAUUGCAUACCCAGAGGAAAUUAUUUGUUUAUAAUUUUAUUAAAAUAAUUUUAAUCUUUUUUAAAGGUUUGACAACAAUAAAAUCACGGUAGAAAACUAUGGAGAAUCUGUACAAGACCGCCAAAUUCCAAACCCCAUUAGGACAUUCGGUGAAGCAUUUGCUGAUUAUCGUAAGUAAACCAGCCUUGAGGUAGAACGCAAGUCUAUCUCAGUGAUUGUUGUUGAUCGAUUGCUUUGAUUGUGUAAGAGUUGCUGUCAACCAACCACUUAAUUGUUUUCAGUAAUUCUAGCAACCUUAUGAAAACUAGCCUUAAUGUUUGUUUCUCCCAAAACUGUUCUAAUAAAUUUGAGCUUGCUAAGCAUUUAAUUUUCUGCCGGGGCAUUUGCAGCUGAGGUAAUGGAUGAGAUCAGUAAACAAGGAUUUGAACGACCAUCACCCAUUCAGGUACAGUAUGAAACAAAUAGAAACUAGUACAAGCUUGCUUUUUUACUUUCUUUUAUAUCUGAAACUUGUUGAGUGUUACAGUGGAACCCUUACUGUGCCAAGAAGCUGGAAAAAUCAUACAGCAAAAUGUUCCUUGCCUUUUACAAACUAUAACUGCAGCAAAAAAUGACUUUCAUGAUACAGAGUUGUUUGAAAUAAUUUAAUAGGGGUUCAUGGUGUUUAGGUUCCACUCUACCAGGGUAGGAAUCACAUUGUACUUCAAUUGUAUGAACAAAACAGCUAAAAAAAAACAGUACAUAAUCAUUUUGUUGAUUAAACCUGAUGUGAAUUGCCUCACAAAUUCCCAUCUCAAACCAGUGUACUUGAACGACAGAUCUAUAGUGUUUGGGGUUGGCUGAGAUUUCAUAUUUGAUCAUCUGAAAUAAUCAAGUUAACCAAAACAAUUGAUCAUUGAUUAUAAUCAGAAAAAUCUCUGUAUAACAAGUCCAUUAAAUGGAGUUUUUAUUAAAAAAUAUAUAUUUUUUUCUUUUGUGAACCACUUUAAUAAAGGACGCUCAUUUUGUGUGGUGUUUUAUAUCAGGACAAAAAUCAUAUGAAAUGUUUCAGAAAAGGGACAUCAAUAGAUUAUAACUGCAUCAUGAGCUUAUAAAAUGACAGCAAUUUACAGGUGUAAAUAAUUUUACUUGUCAAAAAUAGCUUGUGAUGUCCAAUUUAACACAUCUUCAAUACUCAAUUAUCACUUUGCUUAAAGUUUUCAAUCAAUGAUCAAUAGAAUUGUAAUAAUUAUCGAUGAUCGGCACACCACUUACUUGAACUGUAUCUGAAGAGAUGUACUAACCUGGGGCUUCAAUAAGCAACAAACGUUUCAUUUUGAGAUGCCAUCGUCAAAUUGGGUAUAUUUUGGCAAACAAAACAAUCUGCACCUCUCUUGGGUCAUUUGUUGUUUCCUAAAAAUACAGUUGUAGUUUGAACUAAGACACAACCUUGUUAAGUGGGGGUGGCAUGGGUCAGGCAAAGCUUCAUUUUUCACUUUUGAUGUAGAUAUUGGUGGCAAAAUGUGAGGAAUGUCCUUGGGGGCUAAGUUUCUCCACUAAUACUACUAAUACUACCUUUGUAAAUUACUUUGGGGCCAAUUUUUUGUAAUGAUUACAAAUUUAUCUUCUGUUGUCACAAGUUCCCAAAAUAAAAUUAAAAAAUCCAUAACAUCAAGUAGAUUUGGUGCCAUCUUUUUUCUCUGCAAUAAAGGCUCAAGCUUGAGUUGAAAGCUCAAUAUUUUGUUUGAUACAGUGGCAUGGAGAUUUUAAGUUUGGUUUCAAACUUAAGGGUUCUGUGGUAUUUUUCAUAUACUUCCAGUGCCAGUCCUGGCCCAUAGUUAUGUCUGGAAUGGAUCUGAUUGGGAUUGCACAGGUGAGAAAUAGCACGGUGAAACCCCGCCUUACGGCCACCUCGGUGAUACGGUCACCUCGUUAUUAUGGCCACUUUUUUGCCGCCUGGCAAAAACCGCCUUACAUUUUCUUGUUAAAUUCAACCACCCCGUAAAUAUGGCCAUUUUUUUUGGCCCAUUGGUGACCGUAUUAACAAUGUUCCACCGUAAAAUGAUACACCACUGCUUUUGUUAGCCAUUUCUACAAAGAAUCAGCAGCAUCAGGGUUGUCAAAAAGAUUUUGAGAUGUGGGAGAUUCAGAAAAAGUAGGUGGCUCUGGGAAAUGGAUCCUCUCCCCCCCUCCCCCCCACAGCCCCCCACAGGCAAGGGGUCCAUGGUAACUGUUGAACAAGCUCUUCCUAUGUGAAAGCGAAAUAAUCAGCAUGUCAUGAGCAUGGGACAAAGAAAAAAUUUGAGUCCCAGACAGGAUUCGAACCUAUGACCUCCCAAACACCAGGCGGGUGCUCCAUCCACUUGAGCUACGGAGAACACAUGGAGAGCGAGGCCAUAUACUAGGUUGAUAUUCGACACUCGUCCUGCAUACUGCUAGGAUCAGCAAUGUCGAUGUCCUAGAUUUUGUAAAUAAAAGCAAUCUUUUUGAUACUGAAUAGAAUUGAGACCAUAAAUAAGAGAAAUGCCUCCACUGUGUUCUCUGUUAGUUCAGUUUUAAGCUUUAGUGAUACCCCUUGUAAUCAUUUACCCACUUUACUUUUUUUUCCUUUUCUUUCUCUAGUAUUUUUGAUAUCACUUCAAUAUAAGUAUGUAAUAAACUGUACUGUUUGAGAAGUAAAUUAACUGUUGUUAGUAAAGUUUUUUUUUAAACGAACUGUUGUACAACUUUUAUUCCAUUUUUUUUAUCAGACAGGUACAGGAAAAACGUUAGCUUUUCUCCUUCCUGCUUUCCUGCACAUCGAUGGACAAGAAACGUAAAUAUACCAAUAUGCUCCUUUGUAACUUACAUGUAAAUGGUUGAUCAAUCGUGAGUUUGACGUCGGUAACUCCAAACAGUCUGACCGGUCCAGAAAAUUAAUGAUAUUUUGAUUUGGAUUUUAAGUGCCUGUAAUCAAUGAAUAUCAAAAUUUGUUAAGAUGUUUUUGCAUUUUGUAGUUCUGUAAUGGUUUUAAGUAUUUUGCAGUUUUUUGUAUUCACUAUUUAUGUCUGAAAAAUUAAUAAACAUUGUUAAACUACAAAAAAUGACAAUAAACAAUUUAUCAGUAUAUUAUUUUUAGUGCAAUUUACCAUAAGUGAUUUCUGAUAGACUGACAAAUGUUACUUCCAGUUUCCCCAGUCUUUGAUAUUAGACCACUUUUAUGUGACUCUUGGUCUAAUAUCACAUACUGGGGAACUUAAAAGUUCUGACUCAUUAUUGAUAGCACUACUUCAACUCUACACCUAGUUAAAAAAGGUUGAUGCAACUGCAUUGUUGUAUCUCCGACACAAGAACUUGCUUCACAAUUAAUUGAGGCUGUAGAAGAGAGGUUCCAUUUCCAAGGCAUUACACUCACUGUGCGUGAAUCCACUGGGGUGUUAAAAGGGGUACUGAAAAAAUUUAAUGCUCUGGGCUGUGAUGGACUGACAUCCCCUCCAAGGGGAGUAGAAAUAUUCCUAGUCACUUUAUUCUUCGGAAGCCAGGUUAAGCUCUGGCCUGAUAAACAACUUGGCACAAGACUUGAACUUAUCUUUUUCUUGAACUAUAGACCUCGUGACAAAAGGGGUGGUCCAACUGUCUUGGUCUUGUCUCCAACACGAGAACUGGCUUUGCAAAUUGAGGCUGAAGUUAAGAAGUUCCAUUACCGAGGCAUUAAAAGGUAAGUACACAUGUACUGGAAAACUGUGAAAUAUAGAAAUAUUAAUGAAAUGACUAGGUAUAUACCAAGUGAUUUUGUGCAAUCUAAGUGAGAGUCAUUUUCUUCUGCCCUAUUUUAUCACUAUCUGGCUCGUAACCAGGGCUGUGCUCUAUCAGAGCCCGGUGGCCUGUGGCGCCUAACUUUUGCCCUCGGGCGACUAGAAAAUCAUAUGCUCUGCACCCUAGAUUUUACAGCUUCAGAGCACUGGGCUCCCUUCAAUUUUCCUUAGAGCACAGCCUUGGUAACUUAUUAGAAGUGAGAGCUUGUAUGCCCAAAAUUCUAUGAUCACCUCUAUUGCAUGUGAAGUUUACUGUUUUUAAUGUCCUUUUUUUCUUCACCAUUUUAGCGUUUGUGUGUAUGGGGGUGCAAGCCGCAAGAACCAAAUACAGGUGGUACAGAAAGGAGUCGAAAUUGUCAUAGGUACUUACAUGUGUGUUGACGACUAAUGUCCGUAAUUAAAGUACAGUGUUCUUACCAGGAUCUUUACUUGGGUAGCCCCAGGGUCCCUUCUAAAAAAUAGGGGCCCUAGAGGAAACUAAAGGGGCAAACUUAUCUGCAUUCAGGUGUACAUCAACAAAAACCAUGAGAAAGGAAUAACAAGAGCCCACACUCUGAAUAGUACUCUAAGUAUUUAGUAAAAUCAACUAGUAGUCAAUUAUCAAUGCUGCAUUCUGAUUGGUUCAGCUACUACUAGGCUAUAUGUUAUAGCCCACUAGUGGGGAAAAGUGCCGGAUUUUUGGUUGCAAAAAAAGGAUUAAAGUCUUGCUUUAACUAGCUAAAGCAAUAUUUUUGACCAACUAGUUGGAUUUUACUAAAACAAUACAUUCCUCUCUCCCUCACGGCCUCUGAGUCAAUAGCCCAUUCGGCCUUCAGCCUCCUGGGCUAUUGACUCAGAGCCCAUUCAGGCUUGAGGAAUAAUUGUUAAGUAGGAUCCUGUGAUAGUUGAUUUGUGAUUCAAGAUGGUGGUCACAUGCCACUGCACUGCCAUCAAAGGUAAAGCUCAUGAUAAUAUUAAAAAUCAAUAACUUUUUGUACCUGUUAGCCCUACCUUCAUUCAUUUGCACUUGGGUUGAGAAAACAGCUAGACUGUUUCCUUGCUGGGCUGUCACUAAAAAUUCAAUUUUCUGGGUAAAUGUUAUUAGUAGGCAGGGAAUUCAACAGCAAGAAAGCUCUUUUGGUUCUCUAUCCAGUGUGUACAUGUUUUCCAUAUGUGACCCGUUUUGGGAAAACGUACACUAAUGAUAAUGCGUUAUCUGUUAGAAAACUUACAGAUAGCUAACGGAUAGUUAACGGCUUUUCUAAUGCUCUAAUGCCUACGGUUUGCCCAAAUGCUCAAACUAUUAAUUUAUUAUUGUCGACCAGUAGUAGAGAACCCUGGAGAUGAGGUUGAAAAAUAAUAUUAUAACAGUAAUAAAUUAAUACACUUUAUUUGAGUGUCAAUGUACAGUCUGCAUUUAGCACCAAAGUGCUUAAUGGAGACACUAUUGUUAUGUCCCCUACUGGAGAUGGGAUUGUCAUUUUACAUAUUCAUCCAAGCCAUGCGAAACUCUAGAGGUUUGCAGAGCCCCCGAGAUCCCAAGCACUGGUCUGGCCCUGUGAAUGGCACCUAGCACCUCCCACUCUUCAGUCCAGCACUGAAACAACUGAGCUAAUCCUGCUGCAGUAAAUAAUUAAUAGUAUUUCAUUAAUUUUUUAUCUUCUUUUGUCAGCUACUCCUGGAAGAUUAAAUGAUCUGCUUAUGAAUGAAAUUAUGGAUGUCAGAAGUGUGACAUAUUUGGUAAGAAUCAGGCUAAGCCUUUCUUUGUAGGCUUUUAUUUAAAUCAUAUUUCUCUCUCCUUAUAAUCUUUUGUUAAUUUACUGACCUGUGCAUCCGUAGGUUCUUGAUGAGGCAGAUAGGAUGCUUGAUAUGGGAUUUGAGCCAGAAAUCAAGAAAAUCCUUCUUGAUAUCAGACCUGACAGGCAGACAAUAAUGACCAGGUAGGUAAAAAGUAUUUGUUUUUCAAGGGCUUCAUUUUUAAAGCAAAUACAGUGUAUGUGGGUUGUAGCCUUAGUUAGAGACAGAGUGACAGAAACGCAAAUAACUCCAGACAAAGAUAAACUGCUGCUAUUGUGGUUCAUGAGUGUUGUCAAAGGUUGUAUUAUUCAGACUUCUAUGCACUAAGUCUUUACAAAUGACAUAUUACUUUGUUUUAUUUUGGUUACAGUGCAACAUGGCCAAAAGGAGUUCAAAGAAUGGCUGAUCAGUACUUAAAAAACCCAGUCAGAGUAUUUGUAGGGUCUCUGGAUUUAAAUGUAAGUACACAUAAAAUAUGUAUUGCUUUGACUUGCCCUGAGGGAAGUGGUAUUUUGUCUUUCAAGAAUCUGUCUCAGGAAACAUUGAGAUUCAAGGGAAACAAAAUAAUUAUUUACUACCAGGGCUAUCACUAAGAUUUCAAGCUGCCGAGUGUAUGGUAGGCAGGAAAUUGAAAAGCUUGGAAGUAUUUUUUUGGUUUUGUUUUCAGAAAAUAGCCAGGGGAAAUCCCCAGCCCCCCCUCAGUACUUGGUGGCAACUGUGUACUACAGUUUAGUUUCCCCAGGAACCAAUCAUUGAGUGAUAAAGCCAUAAAAAACUUUUAUGUGUUUAAAAAUAUAUCAAGUAGUCAACAUUUGUGGGUACUAACUUCUACUGUUACAUUGUACCCUCUAACAUCAUAGAUUUUGCAAUGCUGCCUGCUACAGUGUAAGAAACUUCUGGCAGAAAACAGUAAUUAUACUGUUUUAUUGUUAGAUGUCAUGAAGUAAUAUCAGCCAAUGUGACCAUGUGCUGUUGCGGGAAAACUUCGGCCAUACUUCAAAUUGGAUUGUUUUGUACAGUUUGAUGAUUCCAUUGUACAGUGUAGCCUUUGCUUUGUAAGUACCUAGAUCAAGAUAAUGCAAAGUUUAUCUCGACAGGCUUGUCACAAUGUCACUCAGCAUGUAGAAGUAUUGGAUCCCGCUGAUAAAAAAGAAAGGGUAAGUGUGUUCAUCACUGUUGCAAGGAGAAAAAGACAAGGCCCACGGCUUAACAUAACUGGUCUUUUUGGUGUAGGGCGAAAUUUUUUUUAACCUAGUUUGAUUUUCAAGUUUCUUUGUCUGCUAGCACUGAUGCAUGAAUAUUUAGGGCAAAAAGACAAAGAAAAUUGAGAAUCAACCUUAGUAAAAAAUUUUAACCUGAUUUUAAUUUUGACCUGUAAAACACAGCCAGCAUGAUCUUGCCAUUUUUUUUAAAGGCAUUGGGGCCCACUUCUUGAAAGUCCCGAUAAUUACUGGGCCUGGAAAUCUGUUGCUGUUGACAUUCAAGAUAGAGGUCUCCAUAGUUUUGCAGAUAACAUGACAUAACAUAGGGUCCACGCUCUUAUUCUUUGGAUUUCAGUUGAUUUGAAUGUUUGAUUUCGGGCCCAAAAAGUUACCUGGUGAUAAACAGGCUCCUGGUUGAACUUAUGACCUCAUGCCUAUCAAACAGGUACUCUACUCUUCUCUACUCUAGUCUACAAACCAUGUGGGAGGCAGCUUUCUUUUGUAAGAUUCCGAGAGAUUUUUAAUGUAUGCUCUGCUGAACUUUUAUUUGUCUACAUGACCAUGACCACGUGCCUUUCUUUAAACCCUGUUAACUGUAACAUGUUACAAAGGAGUUUGUAUAAUUUUUUUUUUAAUUUUUCCUUCCUCAGACUCUUGAUUUUAUUGCUUCCAUGAGUGAACAAGACAAAGUCCUAAUUUUCGUUGGGAAAAAAGUGAAGUAAGAAAAAUACCACUGUGCAGACAAUGUAGUUUUUGACAAUUUUUAAAACUGCCUUUCGUUAUUUUGUUUCUUCAAUUUUGUUAACAUGGUAACUGUGCAGACCCUUGUUACAUUUGAGGGGGGGUGGACUAGGGAAUUUUCGCGCCGCAGGAAUUUUUUCGUUGGCAUUUGCCUUGUAAGAAUUUUUCUAGGCCAGUGCAUGAAUAUUUUUUCGGGUUUCUUGGCUCGCAAGAAUUUUUUCAUUUAAUUCUCACCUGCACAAAUAUUUUUUGUACUUGCCCACCACCCUCCCCAUAAGUUUUCUAAUGGUCCGUCUCUUAUCUUUCCUAGAGCUGAUGACAUUGCAAGUGACUUCAUGUUGGCUGGAAUUCAAGGUGUUCAAUGCAUUCAUGGAGACAGGUUAGUGAGAGGUUAUCAUAACCCUCUAAGCCUUAAUAUCAACAUACAUAUUCUCCAGACUGAUCUUCAUACAUUUCUUUAAAGAAUUAGUUGAGAGAAUUUGUUAAAAGAUCAAUACAGCCAGGCCGUUCAUCUUCAAAGUAAACCAGUCUUUUUUUCAAAGGUUUUCACUAAAACCCCAUCCUUUCCGUGCAUUGUUUUUAGAACUGGGCAGAUCAGGUUGGACGGUUGUGAUUAGUUGUAAUACUCAUAAUGAAUGGUGUGGUCUUAGCGGCCAGUUCUCCAAGGGUGCUUACAUGUACCAGGGUUCGUACAGUCUUGAAAAGUCCUUGAAUUUUAGGGGAAGGCCUUAAAAAGUCCAUGAAUUCCAUUUUUCCUUGAAAAGUACUUAAAUUUCUGUGCAAGUCCAUGAAAAGUCCUUAAAUUUUCUUCUACUUUGAAUGUAGUGGCCUGGAAAGAAUUUUUGAUGCUUUUUGGUUGUCCAAGACAGAAUACAUGAGAAUAUUAAUCAUAGCUCAGAGAAUAUAAACUAUCAGUUAAAAACUAAACUAAACUAAACUAUUAAUUAUCAGUUAAAGACAAGUGAACUAAAAAAUGUAGAGAAGUUGGUGAAGCAAACAGUUUAAGCCUUAGUCUUAUUAGAGUAGACUGGGAAUGUGCAUUUUUGUACAAUCUGUGAAAUUAAAUUCCUAGCAGGUGGUCCUUGAAAAUCUAAUUUGGUCCUUGAAAAGUCCUUGAAAAAUGGUUGCAAUUUCUUAUAUGAACCCUGCACUCAGGUGGAAAUCUUAUGCGUAAAGGUAAAACUAGAAAAAUUGGCGUGGCGGUAGAGCGACCCGCGACAACGUAUGCCCAAAUCACAACCUCAUCCCCAGGGAUUUUCCCUCAAAAACAUUUUUUUAGGGAAAAUCCCUCGGGACGAGGUUGCCCAAAUCAGCUGAACAGAGUAAAAAGAGUCGAAAAAAUUGCAUCGCCGCAAAUCACAACCCAUAUUUUCUGAAGCCUCCCAAAUGGAAUGGUGCGAAACAUGUGACUUUCCAACGGGAAUUUUCGGUUUUCCCAUGUAAAUGGUGCGACCCUCCUCGAUUUGAUUAAAAGUUGUCUUUUCCGGUUGCGGUUUCAAAUUUUCGUGGUUUUGUAGCCGGCAAAGAUGAAAAGUUUUCCCAAGUGCGACCCAUGCCUAAGUAACCAAGGGUGUCAGAUAUUAGGGACUUCGCGAAAGUAAACCAAACCAAGUGAAAAUAAGACGCGCGCGAUCUGGAGAAGGGGAUGGUGGCGGGAAAAAUAGGAUUCCCGCUCUCCACCGCCCUCUCUCUCCCCAUCCCCCGCGCGCUUUUUGCAUCACUUAUUAUUGUCUACUAUCUAGUACUAUCUUGGAGCCUGGUACGGGGUAGCCAGUUGUGACUAAUGGUUAGCCUGUGCACAGACCCUCGAAUUUUCUGUUCAAAGUCCGUCGAGCGCGCGUGAUAAAAAUAAAAACCCCGGGGGACUUAAUGACCGCCAGGGCAAGGGGGUGGACUCGCCGAUGUUUUUUGGGUUUUCGAAAAGAACGAAUAACGAAAAGACAAAUAUAACAACGUCAGUGUACAGGCUAACUAAAGGUAAGCUCCAUUAGUCUACUUCUGACACUGCAGAGGUGCUUGUUUUUCAUGGAAAUAUGGACCACUUGCUGGGAGUUCUCCAAGUUUUUCUUCCCAGCCGACUGGGUCACUGACUGAAAAAAAAAAAACGUCUCUUUCAUGUGUUCACCAGGCUCAAAACUCGACAUCACAUUCCUAUCGUUGACCUCCAAGUUAUCCAUGUAUUUGUUACUCGCUACUCUGGCCAAGUGGAAAUCUAUCUAGGUUUUUUCAAAUGCGUUGUCACUGUCUUUUCUUUGUUUCUUCAGAGACCAGUAUGAUCGUGAGCAAGCUCUAGACGAUUUCAAAACCGGCAAGGCCAAAAUCCUCAUAGCAACAGACGUAGCUUCAAGGGGAUUGGACAUUCGUGGUGUCACGUGAGUUAUCUCUCUCUCCAGUAAGGUCCUUUUGGUAAUUUCUCCUAAGAACAGCUACCAAUUUAGUCUGCUACACAGCCGUUUUUAUGUCGUCACGCAACGCUCCUCCCACAAGGAGCGUUGCGUGACGACUCUAAAAACGGCUGUGUAGCAGACUACUACCAAUUGGAAUGAGAUUGUUUAGUAUGUAGUACUGGCUUACUUUCAAAGUCAUACAAUACCGUAAGAAAAUUUAUGACAUAGCUUUUUGGUGAGUAUUUCUCAGUAUGUAUAUAAUAAAUCCUCAAUUUAGCCUCCGAGGGGCUUAUUUAUUUCAACUACGUUGGAAGGGGGAUGGGGCUCUUCAGCGAAGACGAUGAUACAUGUAAUUCUCCAUAAAAACUAGCCUUCAGUAGCUCAGUGGUUAGAGCAUCCGAUUUAGUACUGGGAGGGUCGUGACUUCGAUUCUCACUCAGAGCCCGGAUUUUUUCUUAGCUUUCUGUUGUUAGCCGGAUUCUCCUUCUUUCAAGUUAUGAAACUUAUAAGUAUUAGUUAUUCGGCGGUACACCCACUAAUAUAUUUCCUUGUUAUUUUCCUCUAGGUGUGUUCUUAACUUUGACUUUCCUCGCAGUAUAGAAGACUACGUACAUCGAAUCGGCCGCACAGGAAGGGCCGGGUAAGUUUAGGCUCGGAUCCACACCGGUUUCCACCGUUUUACGAAAAUCGGGCAGAUUUUUCAUAAAUUAGUCCAUUUUUCAUGGCCAAUAUCUUGUCUGAAUGACUCGGAAACCUAGGAAAGGUGACUUUGGGGAGUUGAAAUCAAAAAAAUUUCACUGAGGUGCAUCCCCCGGACCUGUCUAGAAGCUUGCGCCCUCGAACCUCGAUUAAGAAAUCGGUCAGUAUUUAUUCUAGAUCCGCCCCUGAAGUUCUUCAUUUUUAUCCUGCACAGACAGAUCAUUCUGUGUUUUGACUGUAAACUAACUUUAGAUGGCCUGUUAUCUUGCAGUAAAAAGGGUACAUCGCUUACGUUUGUGACGAGAGAUGACUGGAGACAGGCUCAUAAACUGAUCAACAUUAUGGUUGAAGCAAAUCAGGUAACGGACAUAUUUUCAAGGCAUAGAUAAACACUAGGCCACUGUUGUUCAAAGGGUGGAUAGCGCUAUCCACGAGAUAUAUCUCUAUCAAGCGGAUAACGCGUUUGCUUUCCAUAAUACUUAUCCACUGGAUAGUGAUUUAUCCGGUGGAUAGCGGUAUCCAUUGUUUGAACAACCAGGGGCCUUAUUUUGUAUACUUAGGGCCUGUUUACAUGGAGGUGGGGGACCCCAGGUAGGUGAGGUAACCCGAUUAGGUGGGGUAACCCACUGUCCAUAUAAUCUCUCAUUUUAAUGUGGUCACGUUUACAUGUUGGGUGGGGUGACCCGCCACAUGUUACCUCACCUACCUGGGGUCCUCCACCUUCAUGUAAACAGACCCUUAAUGUAAGUUCGAUUAUUUUCAAAAAUGUAACACUUUUGAUGGAGAAAGUGAUGGCGUACUUUAAAAUAAACUCCUUUGCUUCUUACGUGUUUACUGUGGCCACCUCCUUCUGACAAAAGCCUUCUCAAUUUUAAGUCCGCAUAGCAGGUUGUAGGGGAAAUUUAAAUAUUUAUUACUGUAUAUACGUGACGUCGUUUUGAGUACUUACAAAUAAAUACAACGGACAGAACAUCCGCUAGUACUAAUUUUAUGGUACUGUUGAGCAAACACAAAUUCAAAGCAGCUACAUGUAGGCACAAGACUCUAACUCUAAUUACUAGUUUUGCCUGAGAAAAUGUACCAGACAGGAACCUUUUUUGGUUGAUUUUACUUCUCAUGAAACCCCAAAGAAUAUCAAACCACGUUAAAGGGAACCUCCACUCUUACUACAGAAUAAGUUUAAAUCGAAUAAAAUUAUGUUGAUAAACAAAUUUGUUCGAAAUUUGUCCUUAGAAAAGUGUUUAUAUCAGGAAAAGUGAAUUUUAAAAUCGCUUAUUUUCACUUUCAAAUUUCGCGGGCGCCGCCAUCUUGAAUAAUUGUGACGUGUUAUGGUUGCUCUAUUGUUCUGACACAAAGAGCUUUUGUUUAAUAACAAUAGGGCAACCGUAACACGUCACAAUUAUUCAAGAUGGCGACGCCCGCAAUUAAGGCAGAUUAUGAAAGAAUAUUACAGUUUCCCCCUUAAGCAGCUAAAACAAGGUAAUAGAAAAAAAAAUACCCUUUACCCUGUUGGUUUACAGGUAGUACCUGAUGAAUUAGCAGACAUGGCGCAGCGCUACGAAGAGUUCCGUGAGAGGAACGGCUACAAUAAUGAAGGAGGAGGGAGGGGAGGUAGAGGAGGAGGUAUGGAUGUAUUUGUUUUGUUGAGUGCAUGUGUCUUAAUCCUCCUCAGGGGUCUCUCUUACUUUGUACGUUGGGGGAGGGAGGGUAGAGAGACUAGCAAGGUAACCCAACACGGAGGGGAUGACGCGCUUCUCUUUGUUAACAUUUAAACUUAAAGACAUUUUAAAUCCAACUGAUGUCGAGACACAUUUUGAUAAAUUUCAUUGGAGUACUAUUCAGGUUUAAGUUUGGGUCAUAGCAGAGGAAAACCGUUUCUUUCCCUUCUGUUUAUAUCGAUUUGAAAGUUCGAGAACUUUAAUAUUAAUACUUUGGAGGGUAGUUGUGGUAAACAUGAGUUGCUAGGGGGCACUUGGCUUGAGAUCAGUGGCCUUUAGGGUGGUUAUUGUGGUCUCUUCCAUUCUGAUUCCCGAGACAAGGAGCUGUGUUUCAGUUGUCUUGUCGAGUUAUCGUGGAACAUUCUUCGUUUCUUGGUCCAAACCCUUAAACAUUCGUCAUUAUUUCUUCUUUGGCGUUCUUGGGCUCCACUUCUCGCCGUCGGGGAAUUUUUCUCUCCCCUGCUGUUCACAACACCACGUUUACAUUUUCACUGAGCUUUUAGCACCCGUUAUCAUCACAAAGGAUUCUUUCGAUAUUGCCGACUCUAGCACUUAUAGUAUACCUGGCAGGUAUAUCCCAGUACAGUUUCACCAACUGGCUUAGCUCGCCUUGAAUCUCUCCGCGGCGUAGUGUCUAGAGCGCCCAACAUGUCAGCUCAUUGAUUCAAACCCUGAUUCAUGACAUGAAUCUGCGUAAUUUUCAUCCUUUUCACUCUUGUCAUUGCUCUUCGUUUUGCAGGCGGCGGUGGCGGCGGUUGUUAUAACUGUGGUGGCAGCGGCCAUUUUGCUCGGGAAUGUCCCGAGGGUGGGGGUGACAGGCGAGGUGGGGGAGGAGGAGGAAGAGGAGGACGCGGCGGUCGAAGAGAUCGUGAUAACUUUGGGUCUGAUAUGGGAUAUGGAUUUUGGUGAUGCCCCAACCUCCCUUGUCCCACCCUUGCUGGGGAAAAGGACGUUUCAUGGCGUACUUGAGUAAGUGAAAACUGAGAUCUAUCCUGUUGUUUGGAGCGUGUCAUGACUAUGAUCAUCCAGCUCUUCCGUACGGACAGUUUACGCCCCUUCGUGCGUUCGUUUUAAUGAAGCGUCUUUCCCAAUAAGAGGUCAGUUGGAUUUUGAACGUUGGACAGUGUUAUCGUAUCUAUUUUGGAUUGGAGUGUUCGGAUAUUCUUUUAAGGCUGGGAAUCUAUCUGAAGUUCUGGAACAGUGGACGGGGAUAUUUUCACAAGGAUCAUUUCUCGCGUUGCUGAUAAUUUUACUUUCAGUUAAUCUCCCUUCCUUGUUAAUGUUGAUAGCUGGAGAUACCGUAACAUGUAGAUGUUUCACUUCGCUUACAAAUUUAAAUGGCGGAUUAUUUUACAUGAUUGUAUGAAAGAAAUGUCUUUUAGACGUUCUCUGUCUAUAUCAGUCAGGGUUUAUAAUGGUAAUUAAACUUAGUGGAGUACAAUUUGGUCUCAAAUCAUACGCGUGAUUUUAAAAUCGCGCGAGUUCCAUUUGGAAUCACAAGUAUGGUUUCAGACCAAAAUUGCACAACAGGAAGUUCAAUUACCACUAUAUUACAGCCAUUUUGAAAUCGAAUUCAGUCAGGACCAAUAUUUUAUUGAUCAAGCAGCCGGUUUGUUGAAAAGCGAAAACAAAAAGACUUUCACAUCUUAUUUUGUAUUUGAAACAGAAAUGAUGCGAUGUAGAGCGAAAAUGGUACGAUUUAAGACAGAAAUGAUGCGAUUUAGAACAUGAAUGACGCGAUUAAGAACAGAUAUGAUUUAGAGCAAUAAAUAGUGUGAUUCAUGAAUAAAUCUCACUGCUGAGAGCCAAUCAGAUUGCAGGGAUCACCAGUGAUUUCAAAAUGGAUGUUAUAAAAGGAGUUAACUAUUCUUCCCUCUGAGUACAAGUGAUGACAUGUCUGAUAAGCCUGUCUCUUGGAAAGAUUCAUUGAAGUUAUAGUAAGGCGCGUGCCUCGGUGCCGAGCCUUAUACCUAAGAAGAAUGACUGUUCACUAUACUGAUGAUGCUUAAAACUUUCGGCGCGAAUCUGUUCACUGAGGAGAAAUCAGGACAAGCCAAAAGGGGAUUUUUUCAUUUACUAUGAUACGGUUGUUUGUUGGUUCUUACUUAGAGUUACGUGCACAUGGAUAGUUUAUUUAUUUUCGUUAACUGUUCAUUUUUUUCUAUGAUGGGCCUUUAGGCAGAAAGUGGGGCAGUUUUAACAAACAUUGUAUGAAAAGUGUGAAAAGAAAAUGACUCGUUAUUCAUGGAAACGUCUUUAAAAUUUCCUAUAUCAUCGCUUCUAACCAACGAAUGAACUUUGUUUUCAAACGAAAUUUGUAAAACUUAACGUGGGAAAAGAAUUUCUAAAUAAGCCGUUCGCCCUCUCAAUGAAUUCAUUGGAAUCUCGCAGUAAGAAAUUUUGGAAUUUUAAGUUGGCUCACUUGCGAAGAAAGGGUUAAUAAUCAUAAAGGAAAUAAAAAAAUAGAGUUUAUUGUAAAGUUUAUGUAGGAGUGUCUAAUUGCGCAUGCGCGAGUAGCUUUUUGCGUGAAGCUUUAUUCGAGGUACUAAUAUCCAGCUUUUGAUUGUGAACCCAAGGGAACACUUCUAAUCAAACAAAACAUGCAAAAGAAGAUAUACCGCAAGCAAUGAUUUUCAUCUCCCAAUAGAAACAGUUGAUUAUAUUUUGUUGUAUCGUCAAACCCUGUUGGCGAGCUGAAGAUUUGUACUUGUUGCUUAUACUUGACAUUCUUUACAUAUAGUGUUUUAAAUUAUUACUUGAAUUGUCAUUAAGAUGAA